AUGUACGCAGGAGCUGCUGCUAAUCCAGUCGGUGCUGUAGACAUGUGGUUUGAUGAAAUUAAUAGUUAUAAUUACAGCCAUCCUGGCUUUUCCUGGCCAACUGUACAUUUUACACAGCUUGUUUGGAGAUCCACCACAGAGGUUGGUUGUGCUGCAAAUUUAUUUUGGCCCGCUUUUGACGGUUCGCCCAAUCAAUACUUUGUUGUGUGUCAGUACUUACCUGCUGGUAAUAUGUUUGGUCAAUUCCCUGAAAAUGUUAUGCCUCUGAAACCAGCUUAUAAAAGUCUUCAUUGGUCAACACUUCAUUCGGUAACCGCCCCCAUAAAUUGGACAUCUAUGUCUCUAUAUCAAAAAACACAUACUAUAGCUCCAAUUACUAUAACUCCGACAUCAAAUCCUAACCCUGUUUACACAAUACCUUUUGGAGAUUGGUCAGACUUCUUUCCAUCAACAGCCCAGUUUACUUAUUUAAGUGCCACUGACAGUUUAACUACCACUGCAACAACAACUACCCCAAGCAACAGUAAUGGUUCUGCUGUUGAUGCUACUAGCAGAUCAACCAUCACUUCUGAGAAAUCUAUCUCAAGCAACAGUCAUGCUUCUGCUAUGAAUACCACUGACAGAUCAACUGUCAUUUCUAAGAAAUCUACCUCAAUCAGUCAUAGUUCUGCUAUGGAUGCUACUCACAGACCAAUCAUCAUUUCUAAGAAAUCUACUUCAAACAGUAAUGGUUCUACUAUUGAUGCUACUGACAGAUCAACCUCCACUUCUGAAAAAUCUACUCCAAGUAACAGUCAUGGUUCUGCUAUGAAUACUACUGACAGACCAACCACCAUUUCUAAAAAAUCUACCUCAAUCAGUCAUGGUUCUGCUAUAGAUGCCACUGACAGAUCAACCUCCACUUCUAAGAAAUCUGUCUCAAUCAGUCAUAGUUCUACUAUAGAUGCUACGGACAGAUCAAUCAUCACUUCUAAAAACUCUGCCUCAAUCAGUCAUGGUUCUGCUAUUGAUGCUACUGACAGAUCGACCACCACUUCUAACAAAUCUACCUCAAUCAGUCAUGGUUCUGCUAUUGAUGCUACUGACAGAUCAACCAUCACUUCUGAAAAAUCUACUCCAAGCAACAGUCAUGGUUCUACUAUGGAUGCUACUGACAGAUCAACUACCACUUCCAGCAAAUCUACCUCUAGCAACAGUAAUGGUUCUGUUAUGAAUACUACUGACAGAUCAACCUCCACUUCUAAGAAAUCUACCUCUAGCAGCAGUAAUGGUUCUGCUAUGAAUACCACUGACAGAUCAACUACCACUUCUAACAAAUCUACCUCAAUCAGUCAUGGUUCUAGUAUAGAUGCCACUGACAGAUCAAUCAUCACUUCUAAAAAAUCUACCUCAAUCAGUCAUAGUUCUACUAUUGAUGCCACUGACAGAUCAACCACUACUUCUAACAAAUCUACUUCAAACAGUCAUGCUUCUACUAUGGAUGCUACUAACAGAUCAACCAUCACUUCUAAGAAAUCUACCUCUAGCAGCAGUAAUGGUUCUACUAUGGAUGCUACUAACAGAUCAACCAUCACUUCUAAGAAAUCUACCUCUAGCAGCAGUAAUGGUUCUGCUAUGAAUAAUACUGACAGAUCAACUACCACUUCUAACAAAUCUACCUCGAGUAACAGUCAUGCUUCUACUAUGGAUGCUACUAACAGAUCAACCAUCACUUCUAAGAAAUUUACCUCUAGCAGCAGUAAUGGUUCUGCUAUGAAUAAUACUGACAGAUCAACUACCACUUCUAACAAAUCUACCUCGAGUAACAGUCAUAGUUCUGCUAUGAAUACCACUGACAGAUCAACUGUCAUUUCUAAGAAAUCUACUUCAAACAGUCAUGCUUCUACUAUGGAUGCUACUAACAGAUCAACCAUCACUUCUAAGAAAUCUACCUCUAGCAAUAGUAAUGGUUCUGAUAUGAAUACUACUGACAGAUCAAUCAUCACUUCCAAGAAAUCUACUUCAAGUAACAGUAAUGGUUCUGCUAUGGAUGCUACUGACAGAUCAACUUCCACUUCUAAGAAAUCUACUUCGAGUAACAGUCAUAGUUCUGCUAUGGAUGCCACUGACAGAUCAGCUACUACUGCAACAACAUCUACUCCAAGCAACAGUCAUAAUUCUACUAUGGAUGCUACUGACAGAUCAACUUCCACUUCUAAAAAAUCUACUUCAAACAGUCAUAAUUCUGCUAUGGAUGCUACUGACAGAUCAACUUCCACUUCUAAGAAAUCUACUUCGAGUAACAGUCAUAGUUCUGCUAUGGAUGCCACUGACAGAUCAGCUACUACUGCAACAACAUCUACUCCAAGCAACAGUAAUGGUUCUACUAUUAGUGCCAAUGGUAAUGCACAUGCUGCUGGUGAAGCUGCAUCUGCUAAAACAAAUGUUGCUCACUCCGUGACAACCACUACUGUUAAGAGCACACACAUGGUAGAUGUCACUGAAUGUCCAGUUUGCUCACUAUCCACCGCUACCACUUCAUUUUCUUCCCAAAACAGUCAAACUGUCCUACAUGGUGAACCAGUGUUGAGAGUUAGUACAGUUUAUACUACAGACGGUGUUGUUAUCACUACAUACACUCCUUCAUGUCCAGAAAGUGCUAAGACAGGUUCUGUUACAGCUUCUGCUGCUACUGCUACUGCACCUUCAGACGUAAGCAUGGAAUCUGCCCAUUCCAAUGUUGUUCCAUCUGUAGGUGUUGCUACUUCUUCUUCUAAUUCUGCGGAAAGUGUUACAGUUGCAAAAUAUGAAGGUUUGGCAGCUAGUUUGACCUCAGAUGUUCUAUUCAGCGCUAUUUUAAUGGCUCUUAUUCAUUUGAUCUAA